CAAGCGCGGGGUCCCCCUCCCGCCCCGGAGCCGAGCGGCGAAGCCCGAGGAGGAGAUUCCCGGCCGGGAGCGAGCGAGCAAGGCGGCGCUGCCGAAGGAUCAGCUUUUUUCCAGGGAAAAAGUAGUUGCCAGGACAUUGCCAGCUGUUUCCAGUACUUACGGGAGGAAAUGGGGAAAACCUCAAAUAAUACACUAGUAAAAAUCAGUGAAACUCUUAGUCCCGUCUAUUUAUGGCUUUAAAGGUUCCUUCAUUCUGUCCUCAAUGGAGAUUGACUGCACAGGUCAAGGAUGAAGAGCAGCUCUCACAGGCCCCUGAUUCUCAAGAGACGGAAGCUGUCUUUUCCACAUAGCGAUGCGGCGAGCGCCUUAGCAGGAGAUGAGCCAAGUGGCCAGAAUGUUGGGUCACCGAAGCAGGAAGAAGCAAAGCCUAAGGAGCACAGCACAAACAAAACGGAACCUGGAAAUCGAGAAGUCCCUGUGGGGGGGAUUAAGAUAAUAGACCACCCGACCUUGUCAGAUGCCCAGGUGGUAGCUGUUCCUGCUAACACAGAUGUCCAAAGUAUCAUUGAUGCUCUAACAGCCAAGGGGAAAGAAUCUGGCAGUAAUGGGCCUAGCAAAUUUAUUCUCAUCAGUAGCAGCUCUCCUAGAAUGGAGAGAAGAGAGUUCAGGAAUCUUUUCAAAUCCGAUGAGGAGCACAGCACUGUCCACAACCGGGCAGAAGAGGAUGACAAGUACAUUGGGCAAAGCUCUGCAUUAAUGGAAGAGUUGCUGUCUAUGGAUGGACAAGAACCGGAAGAAAACAGCAGUGCGGAGACAACAAGCAGUGUCUUGGACAACAGUCUGACUAACAUUCAGUGGCUGGGCAAUAUGAGCUCUAGCGGACUGAGGCCUUGCAGUGUGAAAAAAGAAACGGAGAAGGAGAACCAGACCCCCAGGCAGAAAGCUAUUAAGGCCGAGGAAGGUUCUGCAGCUUCUUCCUCUACUACCUCAUGGCAGGAGUCCUUCUCUGAACGUCCCCCCUACUCCUAUAUGGCCAUGAUCCAGUUUGCCAUCAACAGUACUGAGAAGAAGCGCAUGAUGCUGAAAGAUAUCUACACCUGGAUUGAGGAUCAUUUCCCUUAUUUCAAGCAUGUAGCCAAGCCCGGCUGGAAGAACUCUAUAAGGCACAAUCUUUCUCUUCAUGACAUGUUUGUUCGAGAGACAUCUGCCAAUGGCAAAAUCUCAUUCUGGACCAUUCACCCUGAAGCCAACCGCUAUUUGACACUGGACCAAGUGUUCAAACCACUGGAUGUGCAGUCACCAGCAUCACCCGGGCUCUUGGAAUCACAGCAAAAACGGCACAUUCCAGAUCUACAGAAGAGUAUGAGAGGCACUAGCGGUCGUAAAAAUGAGCCGCAGGCGGCACGCCGAAAAAUGAAGCCCUUGCUGCCACGUGUCAACUCCUACCUAGUUCCAAUUCACUUUCCUUUGAGUCAGUCCGUCGUCCUUCAACCUUCUUCAAAGAUGCCUCUUCCUGCAUCCCAGGGUGCCUCAGAGACCAUGCAGAGCAGCAAACCGGUGUGCAUUGCUCCAAAGGUGUUGCCGUCCAGUGAAGAGCCAAGCCUGCUCCCAGCUCCCAUCCCCAUCAAGGAGGAGACUUGUGAUGGAGAGCUAUCUCCAUUUACAUCCCAGCAGUCCAUAAAGCAGGACACCUGUUGGAUCAGCAAAGAAUCAUUUGCCGCAGCCCUGCAUAUAAAAGAGGAGAGUGACAACUUUCAUUCCAACACAUGGGCCCCUCAGUUCCUCCCCACAGCGUCUACAAAGGUAGAGCCAGUGCAACUGGGUGAACCACCAAACAUAGUCCUUCCAGCCCCACCUGCAAAGCAGAAGAGACCAUUUACAGCUCUCAAGUCACCAUCUCAGAGCAAGUUGGACACACUGGUUAUAAAGAGACAAGAGAGGCAAGAAAUGGGCAGGUCCAGAAGGAAACAGCACUUAGCCCUGCCUUCCUCUGAAGAACCAGUCCUCCUCCUGCAACCCACCAGUAGGUCAGAGUCAUGCGCGGUGGGAAAUGACCCUCCCUUUGCAACCGAUACUCAUCCUCUGGAAAGUACAUCUCAGUUUAGUUGCUCUCAGGGAGAAGUCAUUCCUUUUAAAUCUGCAAUAAAAGAGAUGUUCUGCAAGCUGCCCAUUUCUUCUGUACCUAGUAAAGCCCCCAUAACCACCCCAGCACCAUUCCUGGCAACUACUGACCCCUGGAGAUUGGCACCUUUUGUCAAGGAAACUAGUGAUCUGCUUUGCAGUCCUGUGAGAACCCCUCCAACCUCAUUAAUAUCCCUUCAGGGGAACUUGGACAUCCUGGGACUUGGCAGCACUCCCUUAAGGCCAUCGUUAUGUGAUUCUCCACAGCUGCCACUCCUAAAUGCAGAAACCAAUGACAUGGUCUCUGGGCCCUUGACCAGCUCUCCUGCAACCAGCAAACAGUCGUCCCCAGAGCUUCAAGCCUCUGCUCUUCCUGAAAACCAUUCAUUCUUGGAAGGCCUAAUCCUGGACACCAUGAAUGACAGUUUGAGCAAAAUACUACUAGAUGUCAGUUUUCCUGGCCUUGAGGAUGACAACUUGGGUACUGAUCUCAGUUGGUCACAGUUAAUUCCUGAACUGAAAUGACCACAUUUUGUUUAUAGAUUCUGGUUUAGUGCAAACCACCAAGGGACGCAGUUGGUGGGUUGUUUUUUAACUGACUCCCAAGCUGUUAUCACAUUAGGAUGAUCCUAUCAUAUAGCUGGUCAUAGAAUGAUCCAGAAGCUGCUUGGAGUCCUAAUGGAUAUUG